ACAAGGAAGGAAAACGAAGAUAUAAGUACUGUUGCUUUCUUUACAUGUAUUGCUACGCUGUAUUUGCAAUUUCUGUGCUAAAUUUAUCGCAUCACUGUUGCUGUUGUGUCACACUGUAUGUGGUCUCCCUCUGGCUAAAAAGAAAAGUGCCGUGAACACAAAAACUGACGAGGGAAAGAAGAAGUUGCUUGUAACUCUGGUUCUAUGAUGUGAUGCAGUCUGGGGAAUCUGCAGUCUGAGGAGCAGCAUAAGCAGGAAUGGUCACAUGCCUUGUUUGACCAGGAAUUUCACUGUGGAGGACAAUAGUUCAGAUUUGUACGUUUUUGUGGACUAAAUCUGUACUGGAGUUGCCAUUAUUGUUUCUCUGACUACUGGAAAGGCUCAUUGGCUGUCGAUCAUCAUUGCUUAAAUUGUCUUCUCACCAAUACACGAUGUCUCUCCGGCUUGCAGGCACUUUGGACUGUCCAGUAAAUUAUUAACCACACCAAACUGAUCAACACCCACAGGUGGAUAAACAGCUGGAGACAAAACCUUGGAUCACAGUUUUCGCAAUAUUUUGAACACAGACACUUGCAGAAAAUAACUGACUCACGUUCUUGAUGGCAUCAACUGAAAAUCUUCAUUUGGACUUCAGCACAAUGUAACAACCUAGACUUGGCCUGUUUUGCAGUCAAGAAGUUGACCAUUAACUUCCCUCAUUGAUCAAACACUUUGCAAUCAGCUACUUCUAGACUGUGAGUACUGAAGCAAAGUUCACUGUCACUAGCAGCAGAAGACUUGAAGCGAUUGGCGCUCUCUCCCUCUUCGUCUGUUUUUGUUUUGUUUUUCCUGUUUUAUAGGUUUAACUCUGCAGUCAUGGCCACGGCACAUUAUGGAUACUACAGAAGCACUAUAUUUUUGGCCAUGUUUGUGGGUUACACACUGUACUACUUUAACAGAAAGACAUUCUCCUUUGUGAUGCCUUCUCUAAUGCAGGAAAUCAAGAUGGAUAAGGAUGAUCUGGGCAUGAUCACCAGCAGCCAGUCUUUGGCCUAUGCUAUCAGUAAGUUCAUCAGUGGCAUACUUUCGGACCAGAUAAGUGCCCGUUUGGCUCUUUCCAUUGGCCUGUUCUUGGUGGGUGGCAUCAACGUGUUGUUCUCCUGGUCCUCCUCUGUUGCUAUAUUCUCUGGUCUCUGGUUCAUCAUUGCGGGUCAGGGCCUUGGUUGGCCUCCCUGUGGCAGGGUGCUACGCAAGUGGUUUGAGCCCUCUCAGUUUGGGACGUGGUGGGCCAUUCUGUCCUGCAGCAUGAAUUUGGCUGGCAGUUUGGGCCCAAUUAUUGCCACAGUAUCGGCCCAGAGUUACAGCUGGAGGACAACGAUGUUGGUCUCAGGAAUGAUUUGUGUAGUGGUUUCCUUCAUCUGCCUGCUGGUCAUCAAGAAUGAGCCCAAAGAUGUGGGGCUGCCCAAUAUAGAGCCAGCAGCUAAGAAAGGCAAAGCAGAGUCAUCUGCAGGUGACAGCACCCUGAUAGAGUUCCUGCUGUCGCCCUACCUGUGGCUGCUUUCUGUGUCCUACCUUGUGGUGUUUGGGGUGAAGACUGCCUACACCGACUGGGGCCAGCUAUUUCUCAUUCAGGACAUGGGCCAGUCUACACUCAUGGGUAGCUCAUACAUGAGUGCGCUGGAGGUUGGAGGCCUUGUGGGAAGUCUAGCUGCAGGCUACCUCUCUGACAAGGCUGUGGCCAGACAAGGCAUGAGAAGCCAUGGCAACCCUCGACACUUCAUCCUGAUCUCGAUGAUGGCCGGACUGUUUGUGUCCAUGUAUCUGUUCAGAGUUACAGUCACUUCAGACAGCUCACAGGUAUGGAUACUUAGCUUGGGUGCUGCUUUUGGUUUCUGUGCCUAUGGACCAAUAGCACUGUUUGGGGUUAUAGCCAAUGAAAGUGCCCCAUCCAACUACUGUGGGACAUCACAUGCCAUUGUUGCCUUGAUGGCCAACAUUGGUGGUUUUCUAUCUGGGCUGCCAUUCAGCACCAUUGCCAAACACUACGGCUGGGAAAUGGCUUUUUGGGUCGCAGAGAUAAUCUGUGGAGGUUCCACUGUUGUAUUUUUCCUGCUGCGCAACAUCAGAACCAAGAUGGGUCAUGUUUCUAAGAAGGCAGACUGAAACGUCCACCCACUUUAGAAGAAAACAAUAUUUUGUGUAGCCAUUGUAUUUUCAGGUUGUUCUUAAUUUUUCUCUCAAAUGCCUGUUUUUUGUUGCUACAGAUAAAGCAGAUGUUUGGAAAAGAGUCUUCCUUUCUUAAGAACCUGUUUUACAAGGUGCUUCUUUACAUAUUUAGACCGUUUGCAUACACAUCUUGAAUAACUUAAAAAAUGUGAAGUAUUUUUACUCAAAUUACAGCAUCAAAUAAUACGUGGUUAAGA